AUGGACCCUUCGGAUUCCACGAAGUAUCCGUUGUUCAGAUUCAUUCCGUCGUUGAGCCUGCCGCCUUUGUCUCACUCAAACCUCGAAAAAGCGCGUCAUUCACCAGAUGGCGCGACAUCGAGGCGCGAAAUUCUUCAACAUAAUCCAGAACUAACCAGAUAUGCAAGUCAUCCUACACCUGCAACACCUCUUCCCGAAAAGGUAAUUCCUCUGAAACGGCAGAGGUCCGGCCCGCCAAGAAUAUCCGUUUCCGACGUGACUUCUUGCAUGAAAAGUGGUCAUAAACAGGGACGUAGUUGGCCAGCAAACCUUAUUCAGCUCUUCAUUCCAACCGUGCACACACGAAACUACAUUCGGAAUGGGAGUCUAUACCGUACAGUCCUCACAAUAAAUCAGCCAUUCAGGGAGCCGAUACAUCUACUAGG